ACGCGUCCCUUUGUUGGCUCAGCGGCGCCUGUGAGGAGAAGCGGCGGGCGGGCGUCGCGAGCGGCGCCCUGAGGGAAGGCGGCCGGCCGGAGCAGCCCUCGAGUCCCGGCCCGCUGCGGGGCCGCCCUCCGCCGCCGCCGCUGCCGCCUGCCCCGCGGCCGCCCUCCGCCACCGCCGCCGCCGCCGCCGCCAUGGACUCGGACGAGGGCUACAACUACGAGUUCGACGAGGACGAGGAGUGCAGCGAGGACAGCGGCGCUGAGGAGGACGAGGACGAGCCCGACGACGAGGACGAGCCCGACCUGGACCUGGGCGAGGUGGAGCUGGUCGAGCCGGGCCUGGGCGUGGGCGGCGAGCGCGACGGCCUGCUGGGCGGGGAGACCGGCGGAGGCGGCCUGGGGCCCGGAGGCGGGGGCGGCCUGGGCGGCAGCGGCCUGGGCGGGCCCGGCCCGGGCGGCGGCGGCGGCGGCCUGGGCCACGAGCAGGAGGAGGACUACCGCUACGAGGUCCUCACCGCCGAGCAGAUCCUCCAGCACAUGGUCGAGUGCAUCCGCGAGGUCAACGAGGUCAUCCAGAAUCCAGCAACUAUCACCAGGAUACUCCUUAGUCAUUUCAACUGGGAUAAAGAAAAGCUGAUGGAGAGGUACUUUGAUGGCAACCUGGAAAAGCUGUUUGCAGAAUGUCACGUAAUUAAUCCUAGUAAGAAGUCUCGAACACGUCAGAUGAACACAAGAUCAUCUGCACAGGACAUGCCCUGCCAGAUAUGCUAUCUGAAUUAUCCUAAUUCGUACUUCACUGGCUUAGAGUGUGGACACAAGUUUUGUAUGCAGUGCUGGAGUGAAUAUUUAACUACCAAAAUAAUGGAGGAAGGCAUGGGACAGACAAUUUCAUGCCCUGCUCAUGGCUGUGAUAUCUUGGUGGAUGACAAUACAGUUAUGCGCCUGAUCACAGACUCAAAAGUUAAAUUAAAGUACCAGCAUUUAAUAACUAAUAGUUUUGUAGAGUGCAAUCGACUGUUAAAAUGGUGUCCUGCCCCAGACUGCCACCACGUUGUAAAAGUGCAGUAUCCUGAUGCUAAGCCUGUUCGCUGUAAAUGUGGCCGUCAGUUUUGCUUUAACUGUGGCGAAAACUGGCACGAUCCUGUUAAGUGUAAGUGGUUAAAGAAGUGGAUUAAGAAGUGUGAUGACGACAGUGAGACUUCUAACUGGAUUGCAGCAAACACCAAGGAAUGCCCCAAAUGCCAUGUGACCAUAGAGAAGGAUGGUGGUUGUAAUCACAUGGUCUGUCGGAACCAGAAUUGUAAAGCAGAGUUUUGCUGGGUGUGUCUUGGCCCUUGGGAGCCCCAUGGGUCUGCCUGGUACAACUGUAAUCGCUACAAUGAGGAUGAUGCAAAGGCAGCCAGAGAUGCACAAGAGCGAUCCAGAGCAGCCCUGCAGCGGUACCUCUUCUACUGCAACCGUUACAUGAACCACAUGCAGAGCCUGCGCUUCGAGCACAAACUCUACGCCCAAGUGAAGCAGAAGAUGGAAGAGAUGCAGCAGCACAACAUGUCGUGGAUCGAGGUCCAGUUCCUGAAGAAAGCGGUCGAUGUCCUCUGCCAGUGCCGUGCCACACUCAUGUACACAUACGUCUUUGCCUUCUACCUCAAAAAGAAUAAUCAGUCCAUUAUCUUCGAGAAUAAUCAAGCAGAUCUGGAAAAUGCUACCGAGGUCCUUUCUGGGUAUCUGGAACGAGAUAUAUCCCAAGAUUCACUGCAAGACAUAAAGCAGAAAGUACAAGAUAAGUACAGAUACUGCGAGAGCAGACGAAGGGUUUUGUUGCAGCAUGUGCAUGAAGGCUACGAGAAGGACCUGUGGGAGUAUAUUGAGGACUGAGGCGGGCCUGCAUAAAAAAAACAAAACAAAAAAACCCGAACUCUGAAAACCUUUGACCAUCUAGAGUGCUCAUGCAAUUAAAAAAGCAAAACACACACACAAAAAGGGGGCAAGUAUGCCUAUUACACCCGCUGGUCUGUAGUACCGGAAUUUUGUUUUUGUUCAUGGAAAAAAAAAUUUAAGUAAAUUAUAUUGUAAUAAAAAAAAGGUAGAUAAACCAUUGUACAACAGUAUUCUAGGUGGCCAGUUAAGUGUGACAGACGCACUAAAAAAAAGAAACAAAACUCUCCAACUUUAACUUGUAACGUAGCUUCAUUCUCCAAGCUGACUUCUUCUCUCCCCCCAACCUUUCUCCUAUGCGUAUUACAGAUGAAAUUUUAAACUGUUUCUUGACACACUGCUUUUCAUGUCCAACCAGCCAUUUUGAUGUACUUUGGUAUGGGAUUUCCACCACCACCCCCCUCCCUUCCUUCCCUGCCCUUCCCCUGGGCUCCCCCCACACAUGUACCAGUUCAUGGGUGAAUGUUGUUUGGCUUAUUGUAAAGAGGAUUUGGGGGGAGGGGGUGAAAGGGGACAAAAGCAAAGGGGGGGACUUUGUAUAUGACUUUUAAAAACAAAGAGGACGACACAGUAUUUUUCAAAAUUGUAAAUAGCGCAUAUGCAUGGGCAAAGAGCAGGCGUGGCACGUGUUUGCAUAAUGUUUAAUUACAAAAAAUAUUUAUUCUUUAAAAAUCUUCAAGAUUAUGUCUAUUUGCUGUGCAUUUUCUUUCAGUUUGCUUUUUCCCUGGGAUCGGGAUGGGGGAAGGGUGUGCUGCUAUGACGACUCUUCCUUUCUUUCUAUUCUCAAAAAGUUUUCAAGAGAUUCUUGGUUUCCUUUUGUUCCUUCCGCAGCUCCUUUGCAAAUGUUCCAUGGUUUGGGUGUGUUCCUUUGCUGGCAAUGGACACCGUCCCGCUCACCCUUCCAGCUUCUAAUGCAAACUGAUCCCCCUGGCGCCCCCCCCCCCAGUGUGUUUCUGUUUGGAAAUGAAAGUGUUGUAAUCCUGGCUGCUUUUGUCUCUUUGCUUGGCGUAUCACCCCUCUGGAUCAUCCUAGCUGUUUCCACGCACGUGAGGCAUCCGCCCUGCCACCCAGCUCUCAGUCAUUCAUAGGACGUGUUAGGAAUUUUCUCUGUGAUCUGAGCGCUCGAAUGGAACAUUCCUUGUUGCUCGUUUUUGGCAGUUGCACAGUGCCAGAAAUGAAAAUGGAGUUGCUGUGGAUAAUAUUUCCGGGGCUUGAAUACUAUGGACGAGUGCCUUCUAGCAGCAAAUUCUCCCAUCUAGCUGCGAAGGGCCUGCAGUCCCUGAGGUCUGCUGGGGAGCUUGUUCCCGCAAGAGGGAUGAGUUGAGUGCAUUUCAGCUUCCCAGAGUAAUUUUAUAGUCUCUUUUUUCUGACAAACAGCUGUGUUAAAACACAAAGUGGGGUCUAGUAAUUAAAUCAUCUUACUCGUAGGACCCUCCUCCCUAUGGUAUCUUUUCCACCAUGAUAGUGUUAACUUGAAAAGAGUAGAGAAUCUGUGUACACAGUUGAUCUUAAAAAGGGGCCCUGUAUGUCAAACCAAUCUCCUAUAGGCUGCUCACAUUGGUCUUGCAACUAGAGACUGUGACCAAGGAUCAAAAGAUCUGUUUUGAUGAAUUUCAUGCACCCAGGGAGUGCACUGGACUUGCAUUUCUUUGAUAGCAGUGCCCCCCCCCCCCCUGCAAUCCGGCAGAGGCUUGAAACGCAAUGAGUUUCAGAAAGUUCAUGGUAUGUCACAAAUGCUGUUGCAAAGUCAAAGAUUCCACCAUCCGUGGGGACUGACCUGACACUGCCCAGUGUCACAAAGAGAAACCGGGCUUUGCAUCAGUUCAUUUCCCCCCUUGCUUGUGAAAGGGCUUGUUUGCUUUUGACUUGCUGCAGUUUCCAAGAUGCCGAAUGUGUGCGUACACUGUUGUGUAGCGAAUGUGUUCAUUACUCCCUUAGUAAAGGCUGUAUUAGAGAAAACCAUAGCAGGUUUCAGAGGAGACUGAAUAUUCACAGGAUUCUACUUCACUGAACUGAGCAUGGGGCAACCACCACUCGGACAGGUCUCCCAAGACUUUCUGCCAUGCGCCUCCACAAUGCCUUUUGCACGCUGCCAUCCAAGAUCGAAAACUUCCAGUCUAUUUUUUAGCAUACUAUAAGAUUCCUGCUUUCUAAAAGGCAUCUUCGUUUGGAACAAGCUUGAUGGAACAGGUGGUCAUAUUGUGUGGGUGUGUGAAUCGGAUGAAUGUUCUCAUGCUUUCAGCAUUUCUCCCCCCUCCCCAGAUUUUUUUGUUCCAAAACUCCUUGCUCUUGCCAUUCUUCCCCCACCCCUUCCCCAACUAAAAUAACGACCCCAAAUGAUUAUAUCAACAUGAUGUUUAUCUUGUGCUCCUGAAGAUCUUGCCAUCUGAUUUUGGAAAACUCUCUAAAACUCUGGGCUUUUCUGAGCAAGUUACUUAAUCAGGAGCUCUUGCCAGCAGCUUGCUUGUUGGUCUUUUCUCUCUCCUUUCAAAGCGGUCCCUUCUCAAAAGCAAAGUAACUUGGCAGUGAAGAUGCUACUCCAAGCUUUUGAUGGUUUGUGUUUAUCAUGGGCUAAUUGUUUUUUUUUUAAUUUAAAAAAACAAGUCUGUAGCCACACCAACAGGAGGUUCGAGCUUGAUCGCCGGUCUGUUUAGCACCACCCCCCUCCCCUUCCACUUCAUUCACCUGCAGCUGUUUUUGGUUUUCUGUAGUUUAUGUAUAAGACAGUCUUAAUUUUUUUCAGAAACAUUUAACCCUGAAAUGUUUUAGUGCAACUGCUGUAUUAGAAAAAUCAGUUAUUGCGUGAAAUGAGAGCAGUGUUCUUUGAAGAUCCUAUCAUCCAGCACUGGGGGGGGGGUGGUGGUGAGACAAUCGGGAGUUGGGCUGACUGCCUGGAAGACUCGUGGUCUUAAUUUUUCCCACCUAGAGAGCACCUCAUGCUAUGGAAAUAACUGUUCUUAGACUUCAUUGUAACUGCUGGACUGUUCCGUGUUAAGGCUAAACAGAGGGAGAGAAAGCGUUCCUAAUUCUAAUAAACUUUUAUUUUGUUAUUUCAUUA